UAUUAUGACAUGAAUUGAGUUGAAAUAUCUAAAUCAAAAAGUUUUGUUUAAACAUGCAAAACGAGAAACGAGAGCUGGAAAUAUUCUUCCUCCCAUUCAUGUCUCAUGGCCACAUGAUACCACUUACAGACAUGGCCAAGUUAUUCGCAGAGCGUGGAGUGAAGACAACCAUAAUCACCACCCCAAUAAACACUCCAUUCUUGUCCAAAACCAUAAAAAGAACCAAACCUCUUGGACGAGAAAUCAGUAUCAAAACCAUCGAUUUUCCUCACUCAAAGUCUGGUGGCCAACUACCUCAAUGGUGCCAAAACCUCGACUCUGUCCCCUCCCAAGACUUGUUCAUGACAUUCUUCGAAACUACUUCUCAACUCCGCGAGCCCCUCGAGCAUCUGCUCGGGGAGCACCGCCCGAGUUGUCUAGUGGCCGAUAUGUUCUUUCCUUGGGCGACUGAAGCCGCAGCCAAGUUCGGAAUCCCAAGGCUAGUUUUUCACGUAAUAAGUGUCAUGUCCUUAUGUGCUUGGCAGUGUUUGAAGCUUCACAAGCCUCACAAUAGAGUUUCCUCUCAUUUUGAGCCUUUCUUGAUUCCUAAUCUUCCGGGAGAGAUAAAGUUGACAAGAAUGCAAUUGCCUGAAUUUGUGAGAGAAAAUACUAAAAAUUACAUGACAAAGUUGCUAGAAGAAGUGAUAGAAUCCGAGGUGAAGAGCUAUGGAGUUGUGGUAAACACUUUCUACGAGCUUGAACAUGAGUAUGCAGAGUAUUACAAGAAGGCUUUAGGGAUCAAAAAGGCAUGGUAUAUAGGUCCAGUCUCACUAUGCAAUAAGGACACCAAAGAAAAAUCCCAGAGAGGAAAGGAAUCUUCCAUAGACGAGUUUGAUUGCUUGAAGUGGCUCGAUUCGAAGAAGCCGAACUCGGUUUUGUAUGUAAGUUUUGGAAGUGAGGCUAGAUUCACAGCUUCACAACUCAUUGAGAUUGCUUCAGGGCUUGAAGCAUCAGGGCACCAAUUCAUUUGGGUUGUGAGAAGAAACAAAGAAGAGACCAAAGAAGAAGUUGAGUGGUUACCUAAAGGUUUUGAGCAGAGAAUGAAAGGAAAAGGAGUGAUUGUAAGAGACUGGGCACCCCAAAUGCUGAUUCUUGAUCAUGAAGCUGUGGGUGGUUUUGUCACUCAUUGUGGGUGGAACUCAAUUCUGGAAGCAGUGUCUUCUGGGGUGCCCAUGGUGACUUGGCCAAUCUCUGCUGAGCAGUUUUUCAAUGAGAAACUUGUGACUCAAAUAUUGAAGAUUGGGAUUGAGGUUGGAGUUCAGAAAUGGGUUAAGUUUGUUGGGGAUAGUGUUGAGAGAAGAGCCCUUGAGAGGGCAGCCACAAGGGUUAUGGAAGGUGAGGAAGCAGAGGAAAUGAGAAGCAGAGCUAGAAAAUUUGCCCAAAUGGCAAAAUAUGCUGUUGAAGAAGGAUCCUCUUAUUCUGAUUUGACUGCUAUCAUUCAAGAUUUGAACUCUAUUACUUCAUCAACAAUAACAAAAUAUAAACUCUAAUUUAUUAUAAAAAAAUUAAGUUAUAAUUUAAACUAAUUAUAAAUAAAAAUAACCUCAAAAUUAUAAUCUAUUAUAUAUUUUUUAAGUUUUAUAUUAAAAAAUAUAAUUUGUAAAUUUAUUUAUGUUGAACUAAUAUUUUUAUUUUAAAUUAUAAUGUAUGUGUAAAUAUUAUAUUUAUUUAAUAAUAAUUUUAUUAUGAUAUAGUAUUAAAAAUUGUUUAUUGUUAUUGUUGUUAUAUUUAAUAUUUCAAGUGAGUUAUAAUCACUCAGUUAGAAUUCUUUUAGUUUUAGAU